AUGGAUCACAACCAAGAGAGUGAUGAAGAAAUUGGUGAGAACCAAAGCAUUGAGGAAGAACUUGGCGAGAAACAAAGCAGCGGCGAAGAAAUGAGUCAAAACCAAAGCAGUGAUGAAGAACUUGGCGAAGAAAUGAGCCAAAACCAAAGCAGUGAAGAAGAAACGGAAGUUGAAGAAAGGCCGAGAUGGCUCAACUUAGAAAGGCCGAGAUGGCUCAACUUAGAAGGGCCGAGAUGCAUUAUUUCUGAUCCAGCUCAACCCCAUUACCUCAUCUAUCGAGCCAAAUCUGAGACUAAGUACAACUGUUUUUCGUGCGGGGAAAAGGAUGUAACUUGGAAGAAACCUUAUGGUGAUACACAUUACGACUGCACCGUAUGCAAUCUGGAGUUCCACGAUCGAUGUGUUGAUGUUCCAAGUAAGAUGAUUCACCCUUUUCACCCUCAGCACCCUCUCUCUCUCAUCUUUCUAAACAACAAAACUGGAGUCAUAGUCAACACCAACUUCCGUGAAUUCGUUAACACUUUAGAUCCUGAGCAGCAGUAUAAUUUUGAUCUUAUAGAUAUUCUUAAAUAUCUCCAAACUUUUGAUCCAAACUCCAAUAUCAUAUUUGAUAAAUGCACUUGGUGUAGGAAAGAUCUAAGAAGUUGGUUUUAUCGUUGCUCGAUAUGCAACUUUUCCUUGGAUUUUCUGUGUGCCCUAAAGACCCCACCUCUUACCAUCCAAAAUCCAAAAAGCCAUCACCAUUCACUCGUCUUAUUCCCUCAACCACUCUCAUUUCCGUGUUAUGCUUGUGGGAAGAGCAACAUGUUGGAGGCAAGUUAUGCAUGUUACCAAUGCAAUUACUUCGUCCAUGAGACUUGUGUUGAUUUACCUCGCGUCAUGAAAAUCACACGACACCCUCACCGUCUCUCCCACAUUCCUUUUCACCCAGCUAAACUCUCGUCCUGCCGGGUUUGCUACAAGAAUGUUGACGUCAAGUACGGACAAUAUUCUUGCAGUCAAGAAGAUUGCUCUUAUGUAGUCCAUUCAACAUGUGCAACACAUGAAAAAAUAUGGGGCGGGGAAGAACUUGAAUGGGAACCUGAAGAAUCCGAUCAAACCGAAGAUUAUGCGCCAUACAAGAACAUGGGUGGUGAUUUGAUAGAGCAUUUUUCUCAUAUUAAUCAUUACCUAAGGCUCAAGAAAUAUGAUGGUAUACGAGACCCCAAAAGGCAAUGCCGUGCAUGUAUCCGUCCUAUCAUGUCUCAUGACUUCUACAACUGUAUCGAAUGCGAUUUCUUUCUCCACCAAGUAUGUGCCAAUCUUCCUAAAAAGCUGGAUCAUGCGUUGCAUAGACACCCUCUUUUCUUGGUGGACUCUUCAGGCCCUAACAUAACUUGUUCAGCUUGUUCUCGAUGCUCGACUGGUUUCAAGUACAUAUGCAAGGAAUAUGGAUGUAGGCGCGACUUUCAGCUAGACAUUAACUGUGUUUUAGUUCCUGAGUGCCUCACUCAUAAGGGUCAUGAAGAACAUAAAAACAGAAGAAAAACAAAGCAUGAAGAACAUCUCCUAUUCAUCUCCACUUGCUACAGCGAUGACGAGGAAUUUAUCUGCCAGAGUUGCAAGAAGAGAGUUCGCGGGGAUCAUUUACAUUGCACACUCUGUGAAUAUGUUUUAUGCUACAAAUGUGCUACAAUUCCAAAUGAGAUAUACUACAAAUAUGAUGAAAACCCUCGUUCCCUUUGUUUCGGUAAAAGUGGCGUGGAUGAUAGCAAGGAUCAUGAUGGCGAUGAUCAUGAUGGCGAAGAUGAUGAUGAUGGCGCUGUUGAUAGCGAGGAUGGCGUGUACUGGUGUGAAGUAUGUGAGAAAACAUUAGAUCCAACGGUAUGGUUUUACACAAACAAGGAACGUUGCAGCACAAUCCACCAUGAGUGCUUAUUUGGAGAUACUACAUACAUGAAGUCUGGUCACAAAUUCAUUGACUACAGAGGCAUGCAGGUGCAAGUUAUUUCCAAUGGUAGCAGCUCUCGUCCCAUAUGUUGUGUGUGUCACCACCAUUGCCCACAUCCUGUAUACCUCAAAUUUUAUAUGGGGAGUGGUACCUUUAUGGGUGACUAUUGUUCUAUUUCUUGUUUAUCAGACCGUGUGGGGAGUGGUACCUUUAUGGGUGGGUAUUAA